CCAGACUUGCGCGGUUUCAUGCUCGGAGUUUGAGAUAAAAGUGAGCCAGUAAUUCACGAAUCCUCAAGAAUGGACGACAUUUCCAUUGACAGUUUGAUCCUGAAGCUCCACGACGCCAACGCCGUGAAGUUUGGGGAAUAUAAGCUGAAGAGCGGCUUGCUGACACCGAUCUACAUCGACCUGAGAGUGCUGGUGUCCUACCCGGCUCUCAUGAACGAGGUGUCGAGCCUCAUCUACAAGCGAAUGCAGGAAGAGAGUCUGCAGUUUGACUCGGUGUGUGGAGUCCCAUACACAGCCCUUCCUUUGGCCACAAUCAUCUGCUCCAGGCAUGAACUUCCCAUGCUCAUCAGAAGGAAGGAGGCCAAGGAUUACGGGACCAGGAAGAUGGUGGAGGGGAAAUUUAGUGAGGGGGAUAAGUGCCUAGUCAUCGAGGACACGGUGACCAGCGGCAGCAGCAUCCUGGAGACGGCAGAAGUGCUCCACAAAGAAGGACUAAAGGUGACGGAUGCCAUAGUGCUUAUGGAUAGAGAGCAAGGUGGCGUGGAGAUGUUGGCCUCUCAGGGAAUCAGGCUGCUGCCCAUCAUCUCCAUGUUCAAGCUGCUCAACGUGCUGGUUGCAGCUGAACGCAUCGAUAGCCAAACCGCCCAGAGUGUCUCCAAGUUUAUCAAGGAAAAUGACACUUUCAGCCCCAAGAAGAAUGGAAGUGAUUCUCCAGCCAUCAAGAAGCUGUGUGUGGAGCCGAAGCAUGAGCUCAGCUACGCACACAGAGCUGAAUUACCAAACGUUCACUCUCUGGCCUCCAAGCUGCUGAAGAUCAUGGAGGAGAAGCAGUCCAACCUCUGCGUGUCCGCUGACGUGACCAGCUGCAAGGAACUGCUUCAGCUGGCCGAGUCUCUCGGCCCCAAGAUCUGCAUGCUGAAGACUCACGUGGACAUCCUAAAGGACUAUACAGUGGACUUCAGCCACAAACUGCUGGAUUUGGCCAAGAAAAACAAUUUCCUCAUUUUUGAAGAUCGCAAAUUUGCCGACAUUGGAAACACUGUCAAACAUCAGUAUGAAGGCGGCGUGUACCAGAUCUCGUCAUGGUCCCACGUGGUGAACGCUCAUGUGGUCCCCGGGCCGGGGGUCGUGAAGGGGCUGGGGGCCGUCGGGAAGCCUCUGGGCCGAGGCUGUUUGCUCAUCGCACAGAUGAGUUCCCAGGGCUCUCUGGCUACUGGUGAAUACACAAAGGCUGCGCUGCAGAUGGCAGAGGAGCACUGUGACUUCGUGAUCGGGUUCAUCUGCGGCUCCAAGAUCACAGAGAGGCCGGAGUUCAUCCACAUGACCCCUGGGGUUCAGUUGCAGAGUGGAGGAGAUUCGCUGGGUCAAACAUACACCACCCCAGAAGAGGUCAUCUUCAACAAACGCUCUGACGUCAUCAUCGUGGGACGAGGUAUCCUGGAGGCCCCUGAUAGGCUGCAAGCUGCUGAGUCGUACAGAAAGUCAGGCUGGGAUGCUUACACAAAGAGAGUGAACCAGAGCAGCCACUAAGAGAGCAGGAGCUGAAUUUGCAUCAUUACAUCCAAUUUCAAGCUGAAGCUCUGGGAGGUUUUUACAGAUGAACCGUCAGCUUUUAUGGGCCCUCCUGCCAACACCUACUUGUGAACACGUAGAGAUCUAAAUCUGUAAAGGAUCAGAAACUACACGUGUCACAGGCCAACCCCACGUUUUAACAUUUGCAAACGGUGAUAAGUCAGCAGGUGCAGGAAACCACAACGUUGCUGUUCAACAUUUGUCAAUGCAUUAAGAUACUCUAUUUUGGAUUUCUUUCUCUGACUAGUUUUAUAGUAUUCCUUUAAAAUCAACCAAUUAAUUCCUCAUGUUCAGUUUGAACCUUUAUGGAGGUAGAAAAGUGUUUUAAUUACAGCCUGCUUAACUUUCCCAUGCAGUCCUUCAGGGUGUGUCUGUUAAUGCAGGAAUGCUCAACACUUCCAGUCCAGGAGAAACUUUACUUUGCUGUGAAUUCACCACGCUUGUGCACACUUUUUCUAUCUUUGAGAUGUGUAAUUAAUGCCUUUUUUAUAAAUUCUGUAAACUUUGCUUUAGAUUUCAUGGAUUCUCCAACAGAUUGACCUCAAGGUAUCAAUAUUAAGCAGACAAAAGGUUAUCUCCAGUAAAAAGGUGGGCUCAUGCUUCAGUGGUGGAUGAUGGGGUGGCAAUAUUUCUAUUGGGGUUUUUCAUUUGUGUUUUGCUCCUUAAUUCAUUACAAAAGCUUUGAGUGAAUCAAGCCAGUUAAAUGACUAUUGGCCUGUUUGAUAAUGGUAUUUUUCAGCUGUAACCAUUUUUUCUUUUUUUGCCAUCUGAUUAUUGCGACUAACAUGAGGGAGAGCUCAUUGUAGCUGUUUUGAUAAGGACCAGUGUGUGCCGUCCAUAUUUUUUCAUCCAGAAUAGGAAAAUCAUACAGAAUUUGUCAUCUAUGACUUGAAUUAAUAAAUAAUUGUUUAUGCAAACGGG